GUAAUAUUGCUGACACUUGUCUUCAAACCAAACACUCUCCCCACUCUCUCUUCUUUCUUUCUUCUUCUUCUUCUUCAUCUUCUUCAUCUUCCACCUCUAUAAAAUCCCCAUUUUUGCACACCCCUUUUGCUCUUCAUAAACUUCCCAUUUUCAUACAAAUAAUAAUAACAGUAACAAUAAUAAUAUAAUGCUUCUUCUUCUUGGUUUAUUUAGUCUCUUUAUCCUCCUCCUUUGUCUCCAAUGGAGCCACCCCAAACACAAACUCCUCCCACCCGGCUCCAUGGGUUGGCCUUACAUCGGCGAAACCUUCAAACUCUACACCCAAAACCCAAACUCCUUCUUUUCCAUUAGACAAAAAAGAUAUGGGGAUGUUUUUAAGACACAUAUAUUGGGUUGUCCUUGUGUGAUGAUUUCAAGUCCAAAGGCUGCAAGAGUAGUGCUUGUGAGUAAAGCUCAUUUGUUCAAGCCAACUUAUCCACCAAGUAAAGAGAGAAUGAUCGGUCCUCAAGCUUUGUUUUUUCAUCAAGGUCCUUACCAUUCUUAUCUCAAGAAGUUGAUUCAAUCUUCCUUUUUGCCAUCUGCCAUUAAACACUCUAUUUCUCAAAUUGAGAACAUUGUUCUUAACCUUCUCCCCUCUUGGAAUAACUCCCAAAUCAACACCUUGCAACAAAUGAAAAAGUUUGCUUUCGAUGUGGCGAUGAUAUCAGCUUUCGGAGAUCAACAAGAUUUGGAAAUUGAAAGAAUCAAGCAUCUGUACCAAUGUCUUGAAAAAGGCUACAAUUCUAUGCCUCUCGAUCUUCCCGGAACCCCUUUCCGUAAAGCAAUGAAGGCAAGGAAGGUGUUGAGUGAGACAUUGGGGAAAAUGAUAGAGAAGAGACGGCGGAACAAAGAGCAUGGAGGUGGGUUGUUGGCAGUGCUACUCAGCGGUGGUGGUGGGGAGGAAGAAGAGAAAAAGAAGCUAAGUGACUCACAAAUAGCGGAUAAUAUAAUAGGAGUAAUAUUUGCAGCACAAGACACAACAGCAAGUGUAUUAACAUGGAUUCUUAAAUAUUUACAUGACAAUCACCACCUUCUAGAAGCUGUUAAGAAGGAGCAAGAUGCAAUUUAUGAAAGGAAACUGUGCGAAGGGAAGCGUGGGCUUUCAUGGGAUGAUACUAGGCGCAUGCCUUUCACUAGUCGGGUGAUCUUAGAGACCCUAAGAAGAGCAAGUGUAGUGUCAUUCACAUUUAGAGAAGCAGUAGAAGAAGUUGAAUUUGAAGGAUAUUUAAUCCCAAAAGGAUGGAAAGUUCUUCCACUCUUCAGAACCAUUCAUCACUCUCCUGAUUUUUUCCCACAUCCCCACAACUUCGAUCCUUCAAGAUUCGAGGAGCCACCUAGACCGAACACGUACAUGCCGUUUGGCAAUGGAGUGCACUCGUGUCCAGGCAGUGAGAUGGCUAAGCUUGAAAUGCUUGUUCUUCUCCACCACCUCACCACCACUUACAGAAAAUUUCGAGGUCUUUGAGGAUGAAAUGUGAGUGGUCAAGAAUCAUGGAUAAGGUUGGCUUUGCUUUGAUUUUGGUUGAUGGCUGUCUGUCUGAGCUGAGACCCCCCCACAAGGCAGGCCCUCCUCCCCCUCUUUGAAGUGUGAAAGGCCAAAGGACAAAGCUUGGCCUUGCUGUACGCAGACCCACGAGGAGGUAAUAAUAAUAAGGUUUCAAUACAACUUUUGGUUUGGGUACAUUUUGCUCUACAUAUCUUCAAAAUGUUCAUUUUAAUCUCUCUCUUUUCAACUUUCACUCAUUUCGAUCAUCAUACUUUAAAAGAAGACUGAAGUUUAAUGAUAAAAAUGGAUGAAAUUUGAUGAACACCAACAUUUACAAAGUAAAAAUAAGACUAACAUAAUCCAAAAUAUAAAAGCCUAAAGUAAUAUUUAAAGGGUGGUGUUUGGAGACAUAUAACAUCAUAGUACGGUGUGCUCCCUAGAAUUCCACGUAGAGUGGUGUCAGGGCACCAAAAUUGUAGGGCUUGCUUAGAUGGUUACCAUUCAGAUUAAGGCAUUUUUGGAACUUACAAUCAUUAUUAUUAUGAAUUGUAUUUGAAGAGAGACAAUAUUUGUCAAUCAACUUUGUUUGUUUUUAACAUGCUGUUUAA